UGAUCCAGUAUUUAAGGGUUCUUUUUAAAUUUUCAGAAUGAUGUGGUCGUCACUGGUUGUUGUGGCCGCUCUGGCCACGGCAGCUACAGCCUGCAGGCCGACGGUGACCACAGUCAGUGGCACGCACGCCCCGGACCGAGUGUGUGGCGGUGAACUCAUAUUCAGUGAUGAAUUCAACUCGUUUGACUUAGCGAGGUGGCAACACGAGUUAACCUUAGCUGGUGGCGGGAACUGGGAGUUCCAAUACUACGACAACAACCGUACUAACUCAUUUACGCAAAACGGAGUGUUGUUUUUGCGGCCCUCGCUGACGGCUGAUCAGUUUGGCGCAAACUUCCUCAGGAGUGGUCACCUCAACAUCGAGGGUGGCCAACCCGCGGACAGAUGUACCAAUCCUCAGUGGUACGGAUGUGAACGACGUGGUUCACCCAGUCAUGUCAUCAACCCCGUCAAGAGCGCCCGCAUCCGUACCGUCCAGUCUUUCAACUUCCGGUACGGUCGCGUCGAAGUACGCGCUAGAAUGCCCGCUGGUGAUUGGCUGUGGCCAGCUAUCUGGUUUAUGCCGACCCACAACUCCUACGGCUCAUGGCCUGCAUCAGGCGAGAUCGAUCUCGUAGAGUCUCGCGGAAAUCGCCAGAUGUUCAGCAACGGUCUCCACAUCGGUACUCAAGAAGCGGGAUCGACUCUGCACUUCGGUCCCUUCCCUGGUCAAAACGCCUGGAGCAGAGCGCACUGGCUCCGCAGAAACGGCAACGGCUGGGACCGAAACUUCCACAACUACCAACUCGAAUGGACACCUGACUUCUUGAGAUUCAGCAUCGACAACACAGAGUUAGGAAGGAUAACUCCUACUAAUGCUGGACUCUGGCAAUUCGGAGGCUUCCACACCAGUCCUUUCCAGAACCCAUGGCGCUUUGGAACUAAAAUGGCUCCAUUUGAUCAACAGUUCUUCCUCAUCAUGAACGUGGCAGUCGGAGGCACUAACGGAUACUUCCCCGACAACGUCCAGAACCCUCAUCCCAAACCCUGGAGGAACAAUUCGCCAACGGCCGCCGCCGACUUCCUGAACGCACAAGGAAACUGGUUGCCAACGUGGAACCUCAACGUGAACGAGGGCAGAGACGCCGCACUACAGGUCGACUACGUGCGCAUCUGGGCCUUGUAGAUUUUCAUGCCUCGUUGCAAAAAAGACGUAUCAUACGAAUUAUAAUUUACAUAAAUAAGUACAUACGUGGCAAA